AUGAAUAUUGGUCUCUGUGCUUUCUUGCUGAUUGCCCAUCGCCUACAGCAAAACGAAGCAGCUGAACCUUUGCCCAUGCCUCAGCAGCAUUCCACUGGGCCUGGCUGUAGUCCCGGUUCUCCAAGUGGAAUGACAUCGGUGGUUGUAGGCGCUUCUCAAACUGCUUCUGCCUCUGCAAUGGCAGUUGGAGGUGGCGGUGGUAAUGCGAGUUGUCUUGGCUCUGGUGCGGGUGCUGGUCCAGUCUGGCGGUUACCAUUUGGUGGAAAACGUACUUUUUUUCAGCAUGGCACCAACCUGAAUGAUGCCCUUGGCUUUAGCCUAGGCAUUCAAGCUUACUUGGGACCGGUGAGGCGGGCUUUUGAAGUGAUACUCCGACAACUUGAUGUACAAGUCUGCCGGACAAUGAUGAUGCAAACUAAACUGGACUUGAUACCCAAGGAUGUUGAUGAAACUAUCCUCUACUUAGCUUGUCGAAAUGCCUCAGAGUUGAGAUUUUGGUUUAAAUUCCAGUCUCGUUGCUCAACACGUCUUUUUUGA